AUGAGAUACGCGGUGCAGCAGCGCUUCCAGCCGGCGCUCGACGACUACCUCGCCGGCCGUCUCGAUGAGGCCGGCUUGGUGGCUGCGACCGAGUGGGAGAGGCGGUGGUACUGGUCUUUCGCGGCGUAUGCGCCCAUUUUCCGGAUCUGCCGCACGCACGGUGUGACGAUGCUGGCGCUCGACAUGGACUCGGAGGACAAGGCCAAGGUGGAGCUGGGCGGCGCCCUCGAGCCGGCCAAGCGGCGCCAGUACGUGCCGGACGGCGAUGGCUUCGAGCGAUUCGGAAGCACGAGGGCCUUCGAGGAGUAUGUGUCCUACACGCUGCGGCCGCCCUUCACGCUGAUGCGAAGGGCCGGCCAGCGCAUGACCGCCUCCACCGACGACGCGCGGACCAUCAGCUUCCCAAACUUUCUCACGCGCCAGAGCCUGAGGGACGAAGCGAUGGCGUCCGCCUCCGCCGCCUGGCUCGCCGAGCACCCCCAAGGGCUGCUAUUGGGCCUGGUGGGCGUCAACCACGUCAAAUUCUCACCCUUCAACCUCCGGCUUUGCGAUCGGGCCGCCGUCGCAAACGAGGCGUGCUUGCGCAACGACAUCGAGGUGCAAAAUUAUGUCCUUCAGGUGCCGUUUGCGCAACGAGGCGCUAUGGCGUCGCGAGGAGUCAUGGGCCGCGAUUCAGUCGAGGAGGCCAGAUCGGCGAUGCAAGCCAGGAGGGGAAGCUCCGUGCUGGCCUUGUCAGAUUACCUGAUCUUCUCUAGAUAG